AUGGCAGAUACCUCAGUGCAGGUUCAACAACCAAGUCGAUCAAGGGACCUCGAUAAGCUCCUUCUCAGACCCGGCAAUCUCGUCGGUCCAAGGUUCGAACCUGGCGCAGAGUUGAGAAAUGAUCUUCAAGCUUUCGCCAAAGUGUUGGUGGUUGGGGCAGGUGGGUUAGGUUGCGAAUUGUUGAAAGAUUUAGCCUUAACUGGUUUUCGAAACCUUGAGGUUAUUGAUAUGGAUCGUAUAGAAGUUACUAAUCUUAAUCGCCAAUUUUUGUUCAGACUUGAGGAUGUUGGGAAACCGAAAGCUGAGGUAGCUGCCAAGCGUGUAAUGGAAAGGAUCAGUGGUGUGGAUAUUGUGCCACAUUUUUGCAGGAUUGAGGAUAAGGAUAUUGAGUUUUAUAAUGAUUUUAGUAUUAUUGCACUUGGUCUUGAUUCUAUCGAGGCUCGGAGCUACAUCAAUAAUGUUGCUUGUAGUUUUUUAGAGUAUGAUUCUGAUGACAAUCCACAAGAAGAGACGAUCAAACCUAUGGUGGAUGGCGGGACUGAAGGUUUCAAGGGCCAUGCCAGGGUUAUAAUGCCAGGGAUCACACCAUGCUUUGAGUGUACCAUAUGGCUUUUUCCACCUCAAGUGAAGUUUCCUUUAUGUACCCUGGCAGAAACCCCUAGAACUGCCGCCCACUGUAUUGAAUACGCUCACUUAAUUAAAUGGGAUGAGGUUCAUCGUGGAGUUCCUUUUGACCCUGAUAACCCCAAGAAUAUGAAGUGGGUCUAUGAUGAGGCUGUCAAAAGGGCCGAGCUUUUUGGCAUUCCUGGAGUUACUUAUUCUUUCACCCAGGGUGUUGUGAAGAACAUCAUACCAGCUAUAGCUUCAACAAAUGCAAUUAUAUCAGCUGCAUGUGCACUGGAAACAUUGAAAAUUGCAACAGAGUGCAGCAAAACUUUGUCAAACUAUUUAACGUAUAAUGGUUCAGAAGGCCUCCACACUAAGGUGACAGAAUUUGAAAGGGACAGAGACUGCCUUGUCUGUGGUCCUGGUAUACGUCUUGAACUGGACCCUUCAAUCACAUUGCAAAAGUUCAUGGAUCUUCUAGAAGAACAUCCCAAAUUGCAAUUGUCGAAAGCUAGUGUUACACAUCGAGGAAAGAAUCUGUAUAUGCAAGCUCCACCUGUAUUGGAAGAAAUGACUCGAUCGAACCUCUCUCUAUCUCUUUUUAACCUCAUGGGUAAAUUGCCCAAAGACAUUGUGCACGUGAAUGGUAUGACAAGCAAGAAUGACCAAAAUACCUCAUGUUUGAGAAAAUUGCGCGUUGUCUUCAAAGAAGUUGACGGAGUUACAGAUAUGGAUACAGCUGGAGGAGCAUAA